AUGCGCCGCCAAUCUUGCUCACCACCACUCCCCCCUGAGGGAGAAUCGACGCGGUACCCUGUGGUGAUCGAAGUGAGGACCACGGCCGAUACCGCUGCCUGGCCCGAGCUCAGCAGCCUCGUCCGAUCCUACGUGCGCGUGCAGGCCAGCCGCCGACUGGCCGCGGGCCACCUGCCGCCGUUUCUCCCUGGCGCCCCCAUCUCUCUCGCAGACGCGCCGCCUCUGCUGAGAGACGAUGUCGUGUCGAUGCGGGUGUGUGAUGUCUCCUUCCCGGCAGGCUGUUCGUGGGCAAAUAUGGAGCAGGUGUACUUCUGCAUGCGCCUGUACCGACUCCACGGCGAAACGCUCUGUAGGCCACUAUCGUCCGCCGCGUCCGCCCCGGCUACCCAGGCGUCUCUGCCGGCGUGGUGCACGGCUGACAGCAUGCACAGCGGCGGCGACGAAGGUGACAGUGCGUCGACCUUUACCGUGACACCCCUGCCGCACAUCUCACUGGAGGGCCAGUGGGAGUCGCUGUACUACGGCGAGAGUGAGGCGGCGUCGAUUGCGUUCAAGCGGGACAUCGUGAGCUACGUGGACACCGCCAUGCGGUUCACCCACGCCGGGGUUAGCUCUAACUUUGUAACAUGGAAUCGACUUAUUCUUUUCCACGGCCCGCCAGGCACGGGCAAGACGUCGCUGUGUCGCGCCUUGGCGCAGAAACUGUCGAUCCGCCUCGCCUCGUCGGUGUAUGCUCGCGCGUGUCUUUUGGAGAUCAACGCUCACAGCUUGUUCAGUCGCUGGUUCAGCGAGAGCGGCAAACGCGUCCUGCAGUUGUUUGAGCAGGUGCACCGCAUCGCCGACGACAAGGAGUGCUUGGUGUGCUGUGUGAUGGACGAGGUGGAGAGCCUCGCGGCAGCGCGCACCUCCGCCAUGAAGGGCAACGAACCAUCUGACUCGAUCCGUGUCGUGAACGCACUGCUCACACAGAUGGAUCGACUACAGGACUGCAAGAACAUCGUUGUGCUCGCCACCACAAACUUGACGGCGGCAAUUGAUGUUGCGCUGCUGGACAGAGCGGACAAGCGCGUGUAUGUCGGCCCGCCAGGUGUGCAGGCGCGCUUCCUCAUGCUAUAUGCGAGCGUGCAGGAGUUAGUGGACAAGCAGUUGGUGGCUGCACCGCAGGCGGGGACGCCGGUGCUGCCUGACGAACUGAGCGGGUUCUCUGCCGCGGACGAGCGUUGUCAGGCGGAGGGGCAAGCGGCACACGGGGGCAACGUAGGCGCGCACCGAGGCUUUGGCAGUCAUCUGCUGGAUGGCGACAGCGGCACCGCCGACGCCGCACACAUGUGGAAUGAAGAGCUGACCGCGCUGCACGACGUGCCGCGUCCGUUUCACAAACUACCGCAGCAGAUGAUGCCGCCAUUCACGAGUUCGGGAACGGUCCCCGCCCCGCAACCAGCGCAUCCCCAAUUGCCGUCGCACUGCCUCUCUGACACUGCCUACCCGAUCAGUGAGCUGCUCCAUCACAUUGCCAAGGUGUGCGUGGGACUAAACGGCCGCACCUUGAAGAAACUGCCAUUCUUGGCGUACGGCGCGUGCAUGUGCAAUUUUUACUCCGGCGGCUGCGGUCGUAGCGAGUCGGCGUGGCAGGGCGAUCAGAGCGGUGGCGUCGAUGCGCCUCUGCCUCUGCGGGACUACCUGGAGGCGUUGUUCAAGGUUGCACAGGAAGCAGCUGCGGUGGCCGUACUCGAUGCGAAUAGCGGUUCCUAA